AGGCUUGGGGAACAAAUGAAAUUCUUGCUACAGUUCGUUAUAUUAUUUUAGAAACAGUUAAUGACCUUUAUUCUUUCCCUUCCUCCUCUGCUUAGAAACAGGGACUGGGAGCAGCAGAGCAGCAGCAUGCCCUUCCUCACCAUACAGAACCGGCAGAUCACCUGGACAUCGCUGCUGGUACUGGGGUAUCUCUUUUACCUCCUCCUGGGCGCUAUGUUGUUCCAGCUGCUGGAGAAGCAGUCAGGGAUCCACUUUAGGGACCAGUUUCAGCUGGAGAAGCUCAAGUUCUUGCAGAACUACACAUGCUUGGGCAGGCAAGCCCUGGAGCAGUUUGUACAGGUCCUCAUGGAAGCAUGGGUAAAAGGGGUCAACCCAGAAGGAAAUUCUACAAAUCCCAGUAACUGGGACUUCAGCAACUCCUUCUUUUUUGCAGCAACUGUUAUCACCACUAUAGGUUAUGGUAACCUGUCUCCCAGCACAGUGGCAGGGCAGAUCUUCUGUGUGUUCUAUGCCUUGUUCGGAGUGCCCCUCAAACUGGCUUUUCUUAAUCAGCUUGGGAAAGGCCUCAGUGCUCACCUGAUUACCUUGGAAAGACGGGUGCAAAAGCCAGGCUGUGCCCAGGUGGUUCAGACACUGGCAGUGGCCAUCUUCCUGACCACUGGGACCUUGCCUUUUAUAAUAUUCCCAUCAUUGGUCUUCAGUUAUGUAGAAGCCUGGAGCUACGGAGAAGGCUUUUACUUCACCUUCAUCAUGAGCACCAUUGGAUUUGGGGACUAUGUAGUAGGCACAAACCCCAACAAGGACUAUAUCCCAGUGUACAGAAGCCUAACUGCAAUUUGGAUUGUUUUUGGCUUGGCCUGGCUGGCUUAGGUCUUCAACGUGGCACCUGACUUGAUGGAAAAAUUUCUUCAGCUAAAGUGGUACAAGCCUGACUUAAGCUUGGCAGUAGGAACCACCAUCAAACUGGAAAAUGAACCUAAGCAGCCUAGAGUCGACAUCCCCAGCUGAGCAAGGUACACAGAAAGCAGUCUUAAAAGUAUGUCUUUCAUCUGUAUCUCGCACUAAGCAAGCCAUGUGGAUAAAGGACUAAACCACAAGUUGUAGACUGUUUCCUAAGGACAGAUUUCCUAAGGAGGAAAUUUCAGAUGCAUUGAAAUUUUCACACACUGUGUAGGUAUCAGCCAAUUAAACCUCCAGAGAAGUAGCGCACAUGUUCAGACAACUUUCCUGGGAUUCAUUUUACACUUUUAGCUCAAGACAGCUUCCUCUGAAGUAAUCAAUUAUUAUCCUUUCUCUUUCUCUAGUGGAAUUCAGUUCUUAUGGUCAUUUGUUUUCAAAUAAAUCAAGAGUGACUGCCUCCCACCUCCAAUGAGAAGUCAUGUCACCAAGAAUCUCAAGUGGAAAAAGUCAGGUACAGAAAUCUUCCUUCAUUUCCAAUCAUAAAACAAACAAAACCACAGAGGAAUAUCAGCAGUAAUGACCACCUGCUAAAUGACAUCCAUCCAAUUAAGAUUCAUUUGAUAUUGUUUGAAAUUAACAGCUUUCGUAUAAAAUGAUAACAUUUCUUUAGUUCCUGGGCUAAAAUGCUUCUCUCUUAAAUUGUGCAGAAAUCAUGUGCCUAUCCAGCACUGCCUGGACUGUUAAAAUCUAUUUCGGAGCGAACUGACAGCUCAGUGAAGGUCCUUAUUCUUAUUGCAGUUCAUUUCACAGCCACUUGACAACAGGACUUUGAAUCUAAAUGCAAGGAGACUUCCUUUAUUUCCAGUCAGAUCACAAAUAUUAUUAGAGUCUGGCAUUUGCUUUGGGACAGUUCAUUGUGGAGGUAUCAUGCAUGUAGAUUUGAUGCUGUCCAUUUACCUCUAAAUAAGGCUGACGAUAGGCUUUUGUGUGAAAUCUGAUCCUCAGCCGUGUGCAUAGAGUCAACCAUGAGAAACGGAGUCUGGUUUUGUCACAUCUAUUGUAAGUUGAACGUAGCAGCAGCCAUCACCAAAGAAGCAGUAAAGCCAAAGAAGGACACAUAAGCACCUUAUAAGCAGGCCACUCACUGAGAUAUAAAACUGUAGUCAUACUAUGUAUUAAACUCUAGAAACUUGAUAAAGCAAUUAACCAUUCAUUGAGUACCAUGCUAGGUAGUUUAUAACCAUCACUUACACACUCAAUGACUUGUAAUUAUGUACAUACUGCCAUUUAUUAUGUAUGUUUAUAACUCACAGUAACCAUCAGUUAAUCCCUUUAAACUCAUUUAUGAGCGGAACCUUGUGACUGAAUUACUACUGGGCAAUGUAGCAAGCUAGCCUGUGGCUGACAGGCUACAGUAACAUCUCACGCCAGCCUUUCAGCAACCGCUUUGGUAUUCCGUUUUGGGGAAGUGCACAUAAAACAUGUAGACAGGUAUAGGUCACAAAUCUCUUCUCAUAUACUUUCUUACUUCAGAGGAUGGUCACAACAGCAGCUUGUUCUUACACCUGACUUGAUGCUCGCCAUCUUUGCUAGUUGCGGACUCCUGCAUAGUGCAGUGUGCCAGCUAUGGUUUGUUCAACUCAACUCAAAACUGAGUUUUCAAAUACACAACCCAUCUAACA